AUGUCUUCUCAAACCGCCCUGAUCCUCACGGAAAUUGGCAAGCCUCAAUCUUACAUGCUAGUCGCACCGCUUGACCAGAAAUUCCGUGAUAACGGUCAUCUCGGUAUCGGAUCGCGUCUACCAGCUGUCAUAUCGGGCGAAAUCGUCGGCGAGGUGAUUAAAGGAGGACCGAGCAACAAAUUCUCUCCGGGAACGCACGUUGUCUCGCAAGCGCUCUUCAAUUUGCCCCAAGGAGGCGGAUUACAGGAGUACACCAUCUUGAAUGGAGAAUAUGCUGCCGCCGUCCCGGAUGGUAUCCCAGAUAUCGAGGCGGCACUAUACCCGAUCAAUAUCGUGACUGCAGCAAUGAGUAUUUUCUCAUCUGCUGGGUUCGGCUUUCCGCUCCCGGAAACAGAUGAAGCGGUGGAAUUUGAUUACGCAGCGCAACAUGUUGUCAUUAUUGGCGGUGGGACCAACACCGGGAAGCUUGCUGUGCAGCUGUGCAAUCUUGCGGGUAUUGGGACGAUAGUUGUUAUCGCCGGUCCUGCGAACGGGGACUUACUGAAGAAACUUGGAGCUACGCAUUUCAUUGCGAGACAGGAUACGGAUGUUGAAGAGCAGGUUAGGGGUAUUGUUGGUGAUGAUUUGCAAUACGUCUACGAUACGUUUACGUUCGGCGAUUUGAGUUUGGGUGCCUCUUUGCUUUCGAAUUCGAAAAAGGGCAUUUUUGCGCAUAAUGGGAUUGGUCAGAUUCCUGAUACUGUGUUGGCGAUGAAGCAGGAGGGCCUUGAGGACAAGCGGAUUCUGGGAUUCUCGCAUUUUAUCCCUUCGUUUGGGAAAUCGCUUUGGGAGAAAAUUCCAGGGUGGCUUGCUCGUGGUCAGAUUAAGCCGCUGGAAUACAAGAUUAUCGAGGGGCUGAAUGUUGAGAAGGUAAAUUAUGCUUUGGACGAGUAUGCAGCCGGAAGAAGUGGAGAGAGAUACAUACCCGUCCAGAAGAAUUGUCCCGAUCCACUUUUCGGUAGGUCGCCCCAAUAA